CUCCAACAGCCGCCUGCAGCGCUUCCGACUGGCCCUGCAGGUGCGGGCGGCCCGGGCCAAGAAGCAGAUGUACAGCAUCACCAAAGACAGCGUCAAGGGGUUCCUCCGGAGAAAUGCCUUUGUGCUCUUCACCAUCACGGCUGUGCUGCUGGGGGUCAUUUUGGGCUUUGCCCUCCGUCCCUACAAGAUGACCUAUCGCCAGAUCAAGUAUUUCUCCUUCCCGGGAGAGCUGCUGAUGCGGAUGCUGCAGAUGCUGGUUCUUCCCCUCAUUGUCUCCAGCUUGGUCACGGGCAUGGCCUCGCUGGAUGGCAAAGCCUCUGGGAAGAUGGGGAUGCGGGCCGUAGUCUACUACAUGGUGACCACCAUCAUCGCGGUCUUCAUCGGCAUCCUCAUGGUGAUCAUCAUCCAUCCGGGCAAAGGGUCCAAGGACAAACUGCACCGGGAGGGCAAGAUAGAGCAGGUGCAGACAACGGAUGCCUUCAUGGACCUGGUCAGGAACAUGUUCCCGCCGAACCUCGUGGAAGCCUGCUUCAAACAGUACAAGACCCAGUACGGCACCCGGGUCUUCACCAGAACCAUCCUCCGCAGCAGCAACGUCACAGCAGGGACCCUGGCCAACUGGCAGGCUUCCGGUCCCGAGAACGUCACUGAUACCCCGGAGAACGUCACAGGCAGUCUUGGAAGCCUUCAGGAAGUGCUGAGCUUUGAGGAAACCAUUCCCAUCCCCGGCUCGGCCAAUGGGGUGAACGCACUGGGCCUGGUGGUUUUCUCUGUGUGCUUUGGCCUGGUAGUUGGCAGCAUGAAGCAGAAGGGCCGGGCCUUGCAGGAGUUCUUCAACAGCCUCAACGAAGCCAUCAUGAGGCUGGUGGCCAUUAUCAUCUGGUACGCGCCCGUCGGGAUCCUGUUCUUAAUCGCCGGCAAGAUCCUGGAGAUGGACGACCUCGCCGUGAUGGGAGGCCAGCUGGGGAUGUACACGCUCACCGUCAUUGUGGGGCUGCUCAUCCACUCCCUGUGUGUCCUGCCACUGCUGUACUUCAUCGUCACCCACAAGAACCCGUGGGUGUUCAUCGGAGGCCUUCUGCAGGCCCUCAUCACUGCGCUGGGCACCUCCUCCAGCUCAGCCACGCUCCCCAUUACAUUCCGGUGCUUGGAAGGGAACAUCGGGGUGGACCGGCGCAUCACCCGGUUCGUUCUGCCCGUGGGUGCAACCAUUAACAUGGACGGCACGGCUCUGUACGAGGCCCUGGCGGCCAUCUUCAUCGCACAAGUCAACAACUAUGAGCUCGAUUUCGGGCAAAUCAUCACAAUCAGCAUCACUGCCACUGCAGCCAGCAUUGGCGCGGCGGGCAUCCCCCAGGCGGGCCUGGUGACCAUGAUGAUCGUGCUGACGUCAGUGGGGCUGCCGACCGAGGAUAUCACGCUCAUCAUCGCAGUGGACUGGUUUCUGGACCGUCUGAGAACCACCACCAACGUGCUGGGGGACUCCCUGGGAGCUGGGAUAGUGGAGCACCUGUCCCGGCAUGAGCUGGAGGCACAAGACUGCGAGCUUGGGAAUUCGGUGAUUGAGGAGAACGAGAAGCCCUACCACCUUAUCUACCAGGCAAACGAGGCUCACAAGCACCGCAGCGAGACAAUCAUGUGACGCCAAGGAGCAGGGUUCAGACUGAGCCUCUGAAAAGGUCAAGGCUGGAAAUCAAACCUCUCAGAAGUGGGGGAUGGAGGAAGAGCAACACAGAAGCAAACUCUCCUUCCCUCCCUCCCCAUGCAGCCUUCCUGCCCUGUCCCUUUAAACCCAAGCUAAAGAGAAAAUGACUUAACCCUUUCCUUGCCUAGAGAGUUGGAUAUUCUUUGUGACCCCCUUUCACCCCCAUUAGAGAAACAAGACUGAGAGAUCCUGGCUUUGUGGCCCACUGCCCCACCCUGGACUAGCAUAGGAGCGGGCAGAGGAUCACGUUUAGAUUAGUAACUGUUCCUCCUCCACACUUUGAGGCAGAAAGCUGGCGCCGCACCUGUCUCACGUUUCUAAACAUUGCCCGAGACACUGUGUGUUUCAUUAGCAUCUGUCUUCAGAUUUGUAUCUGCCUUUGUUGCAUGCUUGGCAUGUGAAGGGUUAAGGACUGAGACGAUAGGCAGCUCCCUAGAAUUGGUAUUUUGCAGGUGCUGGUUGUUUCCGUGAUAUGUCCCUGUUUCUUGUGAAGGGCUGGCUUUCCAGUGUUUAUUGGGAUCCAGGAAUCAGGCCUGAGUAUGUUCCAUUGAAAGGCAGAGAGGGCCUAGAAACUCCCCUGAUUCUUAGCUAAUGCGAAACCAAUAACUGGGGCUAGAUCAGUGAUUUGAUUCUCACUGUGGCUACAUAGAAGCCUUGUAACAAUACUUGUAAUGGCUUGUCCUCCUGCAGAGAUGCAGAGCCAAACGUGGUCCAGGCUUUACAGGUCAGAGGAUCACUACUGGGGAGCUGGUUUAUGUUCGCAAGGGGCACAUAAGGAAUCAGCGGGGAGCCCCCAGAAGAACUCCCUGAGUUCUCAAGUGGCAAUUAUGUUUAUAUUCUAAUAGCCACUGUGACAUCAUCACAGCCCCUGGUUCCUGAGGGUCUGUCUCGCUGUAACAGGCGGUUCUUGGGAUUACAGGGGCUGGGAGACUGGGGAGAAUAUGGACAGCCUGGCUUCUCUUUUAUUCUUUAGUUGGGAACAAAAAUAGCAUCAAAUGGCACCUGCAAAUAUGGGCAGAACCUGGAAAGGGAUCCAAUGACUUCUAUUCAUGUGAGAAGCUGCUAGAGGGGGGCGCACGAGCACAGACAAAGAACUGAUUGGAGCCUUCGUUCCAGACUCCCCCCGCCCUCCACACGCUUUCCCCUUCACUGAGCUUUGCCAAAUAUUGAGGAAUUUUUCAUGCCUGUCUUCACUAGUUGAAACUUGAAAUGGGAGAAGCGAGAGAGAAGCUAUUCCAGCCGCAGUCCCGACGCAUCAAAAAUCUGGGAGUUGUUUUGCAGUUCUGAGAGAGCUUGUUCUUAUUAGAUUUUCAUUGGUUGCAGACUGAAAGGGUUCAGAAGGGCUCAGGUGCUAAACUGCUGGAUGCUUUAUCGGAAGUGAAGGAAACUUUGUAACCCAUUGAGAUUUGACCAUCCGUAGAAGCAGCCAUUUUGCCCAGUAGCAUCCUGGCCCUGGAGGGUUAGAAUUAAAGAUCAUCCAAGAUUUCUUUGAACUUUUCAGUGGAUUAUUACUGAAGAACAGACUGACAAAGGUAAAACGCAGGAGCUCAGGAAAUUGGUGGUGGGAGGGAAGUUGGGGUAUUGACUCAGCAAAAAUGAAUUACAGAGGCAAUCUAUGAUGGUUUUCCCCGAAGAAUGCUGGUUAUUACAGGAGAACAAAGUGACAGCAGAAAACUUGUCCAGCUUGCAGCCCUGGGUGUAGAGCACCCCCGCCCAAGGGCAUGUUCCCCCCCAUACAGACACUGGGGAGCCCUUGCCUCAAGUGUCUGUGAGGGGAGGGGGAAGCUGACCUGGAGUUAGCCCAUGGUUCAGCGGGGACUAAAUCGGAUUAAGAGGAGUCUACGUGAUUACAUGCGUUGGGAAUGUCAGUCUGGGCUUUUACACAUCUUAAAGUCACAUAUUUAAAAAAAUAGUUUUUCAGUUGUGGGGGAAAGGGGAUCUUUGUCCUGAACUUGAAAAAUAGGUUUGUUUGUUUGAAAGAAGGAUGACCGGUUAUUUGUCCUAAAGUUUUCCAGCCACUGCAUUUGUAGCUACGAUAAUUCUAUCAACUGUCCAGUUCACCAAGCCCCUAGGGAGCCAAUGACAUGUCAGGAGAAUUGCAACUUUGAGGCAAGCACAGUGGAUGCUUCUGCAACUAGCCUGGUGGGCAUUAGCCCUGGUGGGUGUGAGCAACUGGGAUGUGGCAGUCAUGCCUAGUGGACGGAGCAGGAUUCAAGUCUGGUGGUUAGGACAGGAAUCAAUAGUCAGCACUUACAGUCCAGGGUCAGAGCCGGAGGCAGAAGCCAGAUGCCAGAGCACGGAUCAGAGCUGAAGUGACACAUUAGGAACUAGAACCAAGGGUCAGGACAGGUUGCUUGGAGUGAGGCAAGGCAGGAACAGGGUUGGAGCAGGCCUGAGAACAGCCGGUGCAGCAGCUAUUGCAGCUGUAGGCAAAUGCCUUGGGCAGCCACUGAACUGCUGCUGGACUUAAGAGCCACUUAGCUGAAUCUUCCAACCAGUCAGGUGGUGCAGCCCAUUAGGUGGCCAACUACAGGCCAACUGCACUCAUUAGGUUGCCUGGAAAUGGGUUCAAUUGCAGGCCCUGCUUCCUGUAUCCCCUUAAAGGCACUUCCUUGGCUUGGUUUCUCGCAGGAGGGCUGGGGUGUGGGUGUUCUUACUGCAUCCCAAGACCUUACCUAAUCCUUGAUGUAAAUUCAUGGGCGUGGCUAUCGCAGGUUCCUCAAGACCAGAUUCCAAGUGUUGACUUGAUCAGCGUGGCCUGCAAGCGCUGGAUGGUGCAUCUGGAACAUCAAUACCUUUGACCAGAAGAGGCCAUUUAGUGGCUGAAAUUCAGAGUCGGCUUGGGGGGCACAUGGGCACAGUAUGUGGGCAGAAGAUGUCCGACUCCUGCCUAUAGACAAAGAUAGGGACAUCUAGAGGAUGCUGACAAUUGACUCUUCGCCAGGUUCGAGAUACUUCUCUUGGCUUGUUCAUGAGAGGUCCCAUCAAAAAUCAGUGAGGGAAGAAGAAGGACCAGUAGCUCUGGCAUUGGUUAAGGCCUUUAGCCGUCUGUCGGUACUCCAGGUUCCUGUGGUUCAUUAGGACUUGGAUGGGAACUCAGGCUCUCUGGAGGGCAAGGGUGGGAAGCCUUUUUUGGGUCGGGGGCCACACACAAGACUGAGAAGGAGAAAGAUGCUCUCCCCUUCCCUUUGCACACAAGAACCGGGGGGGCAGGCUAGUAGAUUUUUGUAUGUUUCAGCCUUGCAGGUUUGGUAGCGGGGGGCUGGAGCACUGGCACGGUUUCCCCAAUGCUGAGCCUCAGGGACCAGAUCCAGGAAAACCAGGGGCCACAUCUGGCCCCGGGCCUGAGGUUCCCCACCCUUGCUGUAGGGGAUGGUGACACUCCUUGAAAUUUUCCUGGAGAGCCAGUAGCAACUUGUCUUGAAUAUCAUCGUUUUUGCCAGCCAGGGUUCGCAUUUGAGAAUAAAAGGCACAAGGGUAGAGUAGGGAUGGGGAGGCGUGUUGAGAUAAUACAGCAGUCUUCCAAUAAUCCGGCACCUUUGGGACCCAGGGGGUGCUGGAUUAUCGGAUAUGCCGGAGUAUCAGGACGUACUCCGGCAGGGGAACUGUGAGGGGUCGGGUGGGGAACGGCGUGGUGUGGGGCGAACCAGGUGCUGGUGAGGGGCAGCACUGUGGGACCAACCCAGCAGCACCCCAGCUGCUCUGCCCCAGGGCUUCCCCAAGUCCGCUGCUGGUUGUUUCAGCAGUGGUGGACUUGCGGAAGCCGUGGGGCAGAACAGAACAGACUGCUGCCGGGCACCGAGCAGGGGGGUGAGGGGCGGCGCUGAGGGACCAACCUGGCAGCACCCCAGCUGCUCUGCUCCUCACCGCUUCCAUAGUUCCGCAGC